CGCGGUUGCAUUCCUAGCUCUGCAGCCCCGGGCGGAGGAGCGCCCUGGCUGCGUCCGCCCCGGCUGACUCCGCCGUCCCAACUGGGCUCCGGGGUCCGAGCUGGUGGAAGGUAGGACCCGGGCCGCGGAGGAGCCAGGCGAGCCGGGGUCCCUGUCCCGGGAGCUGGCCGGCAGAGGCUGCAGGAAGGCCACAGGUGGGAAGCCCAGCCUGGGCCCCAUAAGCAGCAGGAAGAAGAUGCAGCAGCUCUUGGCCAUGUUGGGGGUCCUCCUGGGGGCAUCCUGGGCUCCAGUGUUGUCCUUUGAAGCCUCUGAGGAAGUGGAGCUGGAACCCUGCCUGGCCCCCAGCCCAGAGCAGCAAGAGCAGGAGCUCACUGUGGCCUUGGGGCAGCCCGUGCAGUUGUGCUGUGGGCAGGCUGAGCGUGGUGGCCACUGGUACAAGGAGGGUAGCCGCCUGGCGCCUGCUGGCCGGGUGCGAGGCUGGAGAGGCCGCCUGGAGAUUGCCAGCUUCCUGCCCGAGGAUGCUGGCCACUACCUCUGCCUGGCACGAGGCUCCACGCUGGUCCUGCACAACGUCACCUUGGCAGUGGAUGACUCCUGGACCUCCAGCAAUGGUGAUGAGGACCCUAAGGCCCACAGUGGCCCUUCAAAUAGGCAUGUUUACCCACAGCACGCACCCUACUGGACACACCCCCAGCGCAUGGAGAAGAAACUGCACGCAGUGCCUGCUGGGAACACCGUCAAGUUCCGCUGUCCCGCUGCCGGCAACCCCAUGCCCACCAUCCGCUGGCUCAAAGACGGACAGGACUUCCACGGGGAGCACCGCAUUGGAGGCGUUCGGCUGCGCCAUCAGCACUGGAGCCUGGUGAUGGAAAGUGUGGUGCCCUCAGAUCGUGGCACGUACACCUGCCUGGUGGAGAAUGCGGUGGGCAGCAUCCGCUACAGCUACCUGCUGGACGUGCUGGAGCGGUCCCCGCACCGGCCCAUCCUGCAGGCGGGGCUCCCGGCCAACACCACAGCUGUGGCGGGCAGCGACGUGGAGCUGCUGUGCAAGGUGUACAGUGACGCCCAGCCCCACAUUCAGUGGUUGAAGCACAUCGUCAUCAACGGCAGCAGCUUCGGGGCCGACGGCUUCCCCUACGUGCAAGUCUUGAAGACAACAGACAUCAACAGCUCAGAGGUGGAGGUCCUGUACCUUCGGAACGUGUCGGCCGAGGACGCAGGCGAGUACACCUGUCUGGCAGGCAACUCCAUCGGCCUCUCCUACCAGUCGGCCUGGCUCACUGUGCUGCCAGAGGAGGACCUCGCCUGGACGGCAGCAGCGCCUGACGUCAGAUACACAGACAUCAUCCUGUACGUGGCCGGCUCCCUGGCUUUAGCAGUCCUCCUGCUGUUGGCCGGCUUGUACCGCGGGCAGGUGCUCCAUGGCCGGCGCGCCCGGCAGCCUGCUGCGGUUCAGAAGCUGUCCCGUUUCCCUCUGGCCCGACAGUUCUCCCUGGAGUCGGGCUCCUCAGCCAAGUCAAGCUCCUCCCUGGUGCGGGGCGUCCGUCUCUCCUCCAGCGGCCCCCCCUUGCUCGCCGGCCUUGUGAGCCUUGAUCUCCCUCUGGACCCACUGUGGGAGUUCCCCCGGGACAGGCUGGUGCUGGGGAAGCCACUGGGCGAGGGCUGCUUCGGGCAGGUGGUGCGAGCAGAGGCCUUCGGCAUGGACCCGGCCCAGCCUGACCGCGCCAGCACGGUGGCUGUCAAGAUGCUCAAGGACAACGCCUCUGACAAGGACUUGGCAGACCUGGUCUCUGAGAUGGAAGUGAUGAAGCUGAUUGGUCGACACAAAAAUAUUAUCAACCUGCUGGGUGUUUGCACCCAAGAAGGGCCCCUGUACGUGAUUGUGGAGUGCGCCGCAAAGGGCAACCUGAGGGAGUUUCUGCGGGCUCGGCGCCCCCCUGGCCCCGACCUCAGCCCCGACGGGCCAAGGAGCAGCGAGGGGCCGCUGUCCUUCCCCGCCCUGGUCUCCUGCGCCUACCAGGUGGCUCGAGGCAUGCAGUACCUGGAGUCUCGGAAGGACCUGUCACAGGUCCCCACCCUGUGUUGUCCCCAGUGUAUCCACCGGGACCUGGCUGCCCGAAACGUGCUGGUGACAGAGGACAACGUGAUGAAGAUCGCUGACUUUGGCCUGGCCCGUGGCGUCCACCACAUUGACUACUACAAGAAAACCAGCAACGGCCGUCUGCCUGUCAAGUGGAUGGCACCGGAGGCCCUAUUUGACCGGGUCUACACACACCAGAGCGAUGUGUGGUCAUUUGGAAUACUGCUGUGGGAGAUCUUCACCCUCGGGGGGUCCCCGUACCCUGGCAUCCCUGUGGAGGAGCUGUUCUCCCUGCUGCGGGAGGGGCACCGGAUGGACCGGCCCCCAAACUGCCCUCCAGAGCUGUACGGGCUGAUGCGGGAGUGCUGGCACGCGGCGCCCUCUCAGCGGCCCACUUUCAAGCAGCUGGUGGAGGCACUGGACAAGGUCCUGCUGGCCAUCUCCGAGGAGUACCUGGACCUCCGCCUGACCUUUGGACCCUACGCGCCCACCGGUGGGGACGCCAGCAGCAUCUGUUCUUCCAGUGACUCAGUCUUCAGCCAUGACCCGCUGCCACUCGAGCCCAGCGCCUGCUCCUUCCCCGGGGUACAGACCUGAGUGGGGGCAGGGGUCUGAGCAGACAGGACAGCCAGCAGCCUUGGGCCACCUGGCUCUGUCGCAACCCCGUGGUGCUUGACCUUGACAGUCCCCUCCGACUGCAGGGUGCCUCCCCAGAUCUCUGCUUCCGCUUUGGGGAGGUCUGUCCUUGGUCCCAGGGUCCCUGGUGGAGGCUUCCAGCUCUGGCCUGGACACAGCUGUUUGGCCUCCUGGGCCUUGGCGCUUGGCCCCAGUUCCAGGGGUCGGCGGACCUGGCUGCAGGGCCACCCCAGACCUCCCUGCUCCCGACACCCAGAGAGCUCUUGGGCCUCUGAACCCUCCCCCAGGCCUCCCCUACCACCUGCCCCUCUGCUGCUUGCCCCAGCGUCUUGUUGGAGGGUGCAUCGGCCCCUGUGCUCUAGCUGAAGUGGGAAGCCUGCCCCAAACACAGAAGCAAAUGGUCUUUAUAAAUUAUUUUUUGA